AUGCAGUUAAAGUUUAUGAAAACCAUCGUCGAAGCACAGGACCACCUGUACCGUAUUGCGGGGUUAAGCUGGUCGGCAAACAAUCAGAAGCUGGCGGUGGCCACGGCUGACCGUACCAUCCUGCUGUUCGACGAGAAUGGCGAGCGGCGGGACAAGUUCUCGACCAAGGCAGCCGAUCCGAAUGCGGUCAAAAACUCGUACGUUAUACGCGGGAUUACGUUCAGUCCGGACUCGAGCCGGCUGGCGGUAGCCCAGAGCGACAGCAUCGUGUACGUGUACAAACUGGGCGAGCAGUGGAACGAGAAGAAGGUGAUCUGCAACAAGUUCCCGCAGGGUGCGGCCGUCACCUGCAUCACUUGGCUGGCGGGAGGGUUGAUCGUAGCCGGACUGGAGGACGGUAAGGUGCGCUCACUGUACUGUAAGAACAACAAGUCCAAGACGCUGUACGGUACGGACAGUAUGGUGGUGACGCUGGCGCAGAACACCAAGGGUACGGGUGUUCUGUCGGGGCACGAGGACGGCUCGGUGGUGCGCUUUCUGCUGGUGGAAGAACCGGGCGAACCGACGGGCCGUCUACUGCAACAUCCGGUCGCACCGGUCGCACUGGCCUGGCCGCAGGGAGGCAUAGUUGUUGCCGGCUGUGACAAGAAAAUUUGCUUCUACGACCUACAGGGUCGCCCAAUGCGUACGUUCGACUAUGGGCGGGACGAGGCAGAGCGAGAGUUCACGGUGGCAGCAGCUAGUCCCAACGGGCAGGCCGUCGCGGUUGGAAGCUAUGACCGGCUGCGCAUCUUCAGUUGGAGUCCCCGUCAGAACGCCUGGACGGAGUCGUUGUGCAAGACCAUUCCGAAUCUCUACAGCGUGACGGCCCUUUGCUGGCGUAAGGACGGUUCCCGGUUGGCCGUUGGCUCCCUGUGCGGGGCAGUGUUGGCUUACGAGUCCGUCCUACGGCGCACCAUCUGGCAGGACAAGUUUGAGCUCACGUUUGUCGCCCCCAGUCAGGUUCUGCUGAAGUCACUUCAUGAACCAAUCACGACCAUGCUGGUAGAGUCGCAGCUUGGGCUGGAAAUCGAUGACAUCCGGAUCAUGGGUAAGGAUAACUAUCUUGUCGGACGCACCGAGGACUCACUGAUCCUGUGUGAUCUGACGCGUUCGUUGACGAGUGAGAUACCCUGGAUCGCCACGGGCCGACACGAACGAUUCUACUUCGAGAAUCCCACGGUGGUGCUUAUCUUCAACGCCGGCGAACUGUCACUGGUGGAGUACGGCGAGAACUACAUCCUUGGCUCGGUGCGGACCGAAUUUGUCAAUCCACAUGUCAUCUCGGUGCGGCUGAACGAGCGUGGCAACACACGCAACAACAAGAAGCUGGCCUAUCUACUGGACAUGAAGACCGUGUGCGUUGUUGACCUGAUGCUUCAGUCAACGAUCGCACAGAUUUCACACGACUCCAAGAUCGAUUGGCUCGAGCUGAGCGAGACGGGCCAUAAGUUGUUGUUCCGCGAUCGCAAGAUGCGUCUGGUGCUGGUGGAUGUUGGCAGUGGCCAGAAGCAAACACUCCUGUCAAAGGUGGCGUUCGUUCAGUGGGUCCCAUCAAGCGAUGUGGCCGUCGCGCAGAGCGACACCAACCUGGCCGUGUGGUACAAUAUCGACCUGCCCGAGCACGUUACCAUUAUGCCGGUUCGGGGCGAUGUGGUCGAUGUGUUGCGUGAGGAUGGCCGAACGGAGAUCGUGACCCGUGAAGCGGCCUCCGAGCACGUGUACCCGCUCGAUGAGGGUCUGGUUGAGUUCGGGACGGCUGUGAACGACAGCGACUUUGGUCGCGCCAUAUUCUACCUAGAAUCGCUUGGCGACCGGCCAGCGGCGAAGGCAAUGUGGCACAAUCUGGCCAACAUUGCGCUGGCCCAACAAAAUCUUCGAGUGGCCCAACGCUGCUUCGCCGCCCUCGGGAAUGCCUCGAAAACGUUCUACAUCGGAGAGAUGAUCAAGAUCGCCGAACGGUACGAGGAAACGACGGGCCCUGGUAUGAGCUGUCCGGAGGUGCGCGCGAUGAUGGCACUUCUCGGUGGAGAUUUAAGAACCGCUGAACGGAUCUACAUUGAGCAGGGAGAUAUCGAGGCCGCACUGGCGAUGUACACCAAGUUACGCCGCUGGGACGACGCGAUCAAGCUGGCGGAGCGUCGAGGAUAUCACGGGCUGUCGGAGCUGAAGGAGGCCCAAAUGGAGUUCCUACUGGGCACGAGUCAGGAGGAGAAGGCGGGCGAGGUGCUGGAAGAACGCGGCGAAAAGGAUAAAGCAAUGACACUAUACAUGAAGGCGAACAAGCCAGUGAAAGCGGUCAAGCUCGCCCUUAAGACACCGCACCUGCUGUCUGAUGAAAAUCUCGUGACACGAGUGUCGGCAUCGUUGAUCAAAGCUGAGCUCUUUGAACUGGCGGCGGAACUCGCCAAUCGUACCGGUCAACAGCAGAGCGCCAUCGCGCUCUACCGGAAGGGAGGUGCCUAUGCUCGAGCGAUCGAGCUCGCUCGGUAUGUGGCACCGGACGAGGUGACCAGCCUAGAGGAAGAGUGGGGAGACUGGUUGGUGGGCAAACGGCAGCUGGAUGCCUCCAUCAGCCACUAUAUCGAAGCCGGCUGCACGGUGAAGGCACUCGAGGCGGCCGUUGGUGCGAAACAGUGGCGCAAAGCGGUACAGAUCGCGAAGGUCGUGGACGAUCCGGAAGAGAUUCAGAAGUACGCCGUCGAGCUAGCGGAGCAUCUGUGCCAGGUGGGUGACGUGAGGACGGCCGAAGAGUUGCUAGUGCGUGCCGAGAUGUACCGGGAGGCGGUACAGAUGCUGAAUCGGCACGGCCAGUGGGAGAAGGCUUUCGAUAUCGCCGACCGCUGGCUGCCUUCUGCGGACGUCCGGGAGAUGUUUAUCGAGCAGGCGAAGGGCCUCGAACGGGAAGGCAAGUAUAGGGAUGCGGAGAAGGUGCUGGUGACGGUGGGUGAGCCGGAUCUAGCGAUCACGAUGUACAAAGAGCUAGAACUGUACGAUUCCAUGAUUCGGCUGGUGGAGCGCCACCACAAGAAUCUGCUCGAGCAGACUCACCUAAAUCUGGGCCGCCAGCUAGAAUCGAAGGGCCGGUUGAAGAACGCCGAAGUGCACUUCCUGGCCGCGGGUGACUGGAAGGCGGCAGUCCACAUGUACUGCACCGCCGGGAAGUGGGAGGAAGCGCACCGGGUGGCCAAGCAGAAAGGAGGCAAACCGGCCUCGGAACAGGUCGCCUUCAUGUGGGCCAAAUCACUGCCAAUCGAGGGUGCCGCCAGGCUGUUGGCAAAGAUGGCGCUGCUGGAAAGCUGUGUAGCGUAUGCGUGCGAAGCUGGUCAGUUCGAUUUCGCACUCGAGCUUUGCCGGGCUAGUGGGCGACCGGCGGACGAGGUCCAUCUGAAGAUAGCGAUGGCACUGGAGGACGACGGUAAGUUUACCGAAGCCGAGGCGGAGUUCUUGCUUGCGGGAAAACCCCGCGAAGCCAUCAUGAUGCACACACACAGUGGUGACUGGAAGGCGGCUCUGCGGGUCGCCGAGCAGUACCUACCAGAGGCGGUCCAUGAAGUGCUGUUGAGUCAGGCCAAUGCUGCGCUCGAAGCGCGCAACUACCCGGAGUACGAGGCACUGAUGAUCCGGGCUGACCGGCCAGAUCUAAUUCUGGAACACUACCGUGAGUACAACAUGGUGGCCGAUGCACUGAGAAUUGCGAAGGAGUUCGUGCCGGGAGCGGUUGCGGAGCUGCAAAAGUUGUACGCCCGGGUGAAUCGAGUGGGCGAAUCCACCGACUCCCGCUAUCUGCUUCAGAAAGCGUCCGAACAUGCGCGGAACGAAGAAUUCCGUCGUGCCACCGAGUGUCUACUGCAGAUCAACGAGGGUAACGCCGACGAACCGACGGUAGCUCGGGCGUUACUCCGGGCGGCCGAAAUCUGCAAUCAGUUUCUCGAAGGCCCGGAAGCGGUCGAAAUUGCACGUGAACUCGGCCCCAGGUUGAUCGAUAUCGGUCAGGUGGGGCCUGCCGCACAGCUCUAUCUAGCGGCCGAACUACCCCAGGAAGCGGUGGACGUGUUCAUUCGCACCGACAACUGGGGUAAGGCACGUCGACUUGCGAAAGAGAUCGAUCCACAGCUGGUGGCGUACGUUGAGGUACAGCAGAAGGCACGGCUUCGCCACCAGGGUAAUGUGGAACAGUUGGCAGACAUCGACAUUGUAGGCGCCCUGGACCUGCUGGCCGAGCAAGGCCAAUGGACGCGCUGCAUCGAGAAGGCCAAGCAGCACAGUGUUCCGGUGCUGCAGAAGUACUUGGCGCAGUACGCGGCCCAACUGCUCCGCGACGGAGACUGCAUGGCAGCACUCGGACUCUACCUCGAGCACGGAGGUCCACCGGUGGCCGCCAAUUUCAACAUCUACAGCCGCAUAGCUCUGGAGUGCUUUGCAUUGCGCGAACCAGAUGGGGCGCCCAUGUGGAAGAACCUGCGAAACUUCUUGCUCGGACUGGUUCAGGCCCUGCGAGGAUCCGACCAUUCCGACGCGGAAGUGAUCGACCGGUUCGAACAGCUGCUCGUGAUCGCGCACUAUUAUGCGACACGCGCCGCCUGCCGUCAGGCACCGGCUCUUCAGUCACUUGGGGUAAAGAUUUCGGUGGCCAUGCUGCGUUACACGGACGUGAUCCCCUGCGACAAAGGAUACUACGAGGCGGGCAUGGAUCUGCGCUCGCAGGGAAGGGAAGCCGAGGCGUUCGUCAUCCUCAACCACUAUCUAGACGUGUGUGAGGCGAUCGAGGAAGGCUCUGGGCAGCUGGUAGACCAUUCCGAUCUGGCCGCUACCGACUUUCCCAGCUCAGUGCCGAUCCCGGCCGAGCUGCAUCUGAAGGGUGAACCACAGUUGCACGAAGAGAUCCGCGAGUGGGUCCUUGCCGUCAGCAUGGAUCAGAAGGUCGACCAGGUGCUACCGACGGACGACCGCAACCAGUACGAGAGUAGCCUGGGGCUGGCCGAUCAGGCCUGUCUGGUGAGCGCCUAUCCGGUGAUGGGUCGCCAGCCGGUGGUGUUCCAGCGUACCCAUCGUCUGGCCAAUAGGGACGCUUGGAGCAAAUUGACGGUGGCCGCUCGUAUGGCACCCCAGACCGAUAUUCCGAACGUGAUCGAGUUCAUCGAAAAGUGGUGCGGGCCAGCCAACUUUCUUUCUGGUUAG